CCAUUUCACUACGAUUUUUAACGAGAUUCCACGGAAAUCAGCGAUUAUGAUCCGAACACAUAAUCGUCUGACCAAUCAAAUGCUGGAGGAUACAUGUACAAAAUGUUGUCGUAAUAUGCUAUAAAUAGUAACAUAAAUCUAAACAGAGAGAUGGAAAAUGGCGGAUUCUUUGCAGGAGUUUUGAAACCGCUGUAAAAAUGCCGCUCUAUUGCAUAGUGAAGGGAUGCAAAACAUGUCAGGUAGAGGACACGAUGUCAAAUUCCAUCGAUUACCAGUUAAUAACGUGAAGAAUUGUAGAGAAUGGUUAAUAAGAGCAGGAAUGACAGAUAAAGAACUGAAAGAUGUGACAGUUUCUCAAUGCCGGAACUGGCGAAUUUGUUCGGCACAUUUCCAGUCAGCGCGUCAGACUCAAGAGCCAUUUCUUCCAACGAUCGGUCUACCAGAUUAUGAAAGAAAACUAGCAGCUACAGGUCUUUUACAACUGCAUGAUUCACAGGGGACUGCUUCCUCAUCAACAAGCGGUACUUAUACAGGUUCUUCUGAGGCCAGCAUUCAGGAGAGUAGUGCAAUGCAGGGUGAUCAGAUGGUUCAAUCACCGCGCAUCAUCACUGGUCAGGCAAUCCCGCAGAGUGAGGAAGUGCAGGUCGAUCAAAUAAGUCCAUCAGAAAGUAUUGCCACAGCCCCAGAAGAAGUUGCCAGUGCUGUAUCGUCCCAAGCAUCAUGUAGACCAGCCCAAUCGAAACGGAAGCUGUUCAGAGAAACGGAGUCUCAGGUUACGCCAAAAGAUCCAAAAAAGCAACGUACAAAAGGGCUUCAGAAAACUCCGCCAACAUCACGGCAUACAGAAAUUACUCCGAAGUCUAGACGAUCAACCAUGUCAAACACAGAACUCAGACUAACAAAAGAUGUACAGACACCAAUACCUGCUCAAAAUUUUAUAGUUAAAAAAACAACCUCCACACAGACAGUAAUUGCAACUGAAAACAAAAGCGUACAAGCAUGCUUAGAAAAAAUUGAGUUGUUGAAGACAAGCGACAAAGAAUUAAAGAAGUAUACAGGAAUCGAAAAUUAUAAAUUGUUUCAAAUUUUACACAAAUAUCUUGUCUCCCAAUGUUCAGAUAGCAUAUGCACUAUUCAAACUCAUAGUGAUGAUCCAUCAAAAUUAUAUUCACACAUUUCUACAGAAAAUCAGUUACUGCUUGUAUUGUACAAACUGAAAAGAAACCCUGUAGAUUCUGUUUUAUCAUCUGAAUUUCAUGUUUCAACAGGACGUAUUUCUGAGAUUUUCAAAUUCUGGAUAAGACGAAUGUACAGAAAAUUCAAAAUAAUAAAGAUUUGGCCAUCUCACGAAAAUGUACAAAAAUACAUGCCUAGCGCUACAAAGCAGCACUUUCCAGAUUUAGUUGCAAUUUCUGACUGUGUGGAAUUUAGUACUCAGGUCCCACGAGCCCCAUUGCCUGGGAAACAACUAUUUAGUAAUUAUAAAAAUUGUCACACUGUUAAAGUAAUGUAUAGCACAGCACCAAAUGGUGCACUCAUUCACUGUUCUGAUGCAUAUGGAGGCAAUAGCUCUGACAAAGAAAUAUUUGCUCAAAGUGAUUUGUCAACUAGGUUAAAGCCGCAUGAUGGACUAAUGGUUGACAAAGGAUUUUUGAUAAAAGACUGUAUACAGGGAAAAGAUAUCAAACUGUACAGGCCGCCAUUUUUAUCAGAAAAAGGAAAACAGUUCGACUCCACUGAUCGUGAAUCUGGGCGACUCAUUGCACGGUCAAGAAUUGUGGUAGAAAACUUCAAUGCGCGCUUGAGUUAUUUUGCAUUUUUAAAACAGAAGAAAAUUCCAAUAUUGUAUUUGCCUAUCAUGAAUGAAAUAAGUUUUGUAUGUGGAUUUUUAGCCAACUUAGGUCCUCUAGUGAGGAAUGUACAAAGCACGGAAUCAUUACAUGAGCAAAUGGAAGAGGAUGACGUAGUUUAAAUGGUCAUAUUUAUAAAAAAUAUUAAGUAAUACUUAGUUUAUCAAGGUCAACUGGAGAAGCGCCUUUUUAUCUCAUUGUAUGACUAUAGCUUUUUCAGGGAGUAUGUGUGUUCAAUACUGUCAUCAUUCUCGUGUAAGACAAAUAAAAACAAUCGUGUUAAAAUUUUAUGAUAGUUUAUUUACAGUACUUAACAAUAUGACAUAUAUUUACAAAAUGAUAAAUAUUUCUAACAAGAAGCAGACAAUUUUACUGACGACAUAAAUUCAAAUUUAUGUAAUCCAAAUCAAUGAAGAACAGUAUUAAAAUAUUGCAUGAUUUAGUAUGAAUUUACAGUCCAUAAUUCUGUGUAAUAUUGACUGGUCUAUAGUUCAGUAUAAAAUUUUGUUUUAUAGCCAAGGUAAAAAUGUGAAGAAAAAAAACAGGAAAGAUUAUUUCUGAUGUCAUGUUGCAAAAAACAAUUAUUGAAUGGCUUGUACAGUCAAAACUACUUGCCUUCAAAUCUCGGGGGAAAAAAUGAUUAUCACAUCAAAAUCCCAAGUCUAUAGUUAGACACUAAAUUUAUGUGGGCUUGAGUAUACUCUUGAAAGAAAAUAAUUAUGAAAAUAAUUCCUGAUGUCGCAUAAUAAGAUACUUCUUGAAUGACUUGUCAGUCAAUGUUCAAGACUAUUGCCCGCAGAUUUUUAACAAUAACAAAAAUUUAUCUACUGUUAUCUUCUUUUAUUGAAGAUUAAGUAUAACUGAAAAAUUCCUAUGUUGCAUGAUAAAAUACUUAUUGAAUGGCUUCUCAGUCAUAAGUCUAAACUAUUGCCCUCAGAUUCUUUUAACAAUAGCUAACAUUUAUCCAGUGUAAUCUUCAUUGAAUAUGAAAUAUAAUUAUAUAAGAAAACUCAAUUCUGAUGUCACAUAAUAAAAUAUUAAUUGAAUGGCUUGUCAGUUAAUAGUCUAAACUAUUACCCUCAGUUACAUUUAACAAAUAAAAUUUAUCUAUUGUAAUCUUCAUUGAAGAUAAAAUAUGAUUUUACAUGUAUAAAAAAACUCAAUCCUGAUGUCGCAUAAUCAAAUACUUAUUGGAAGGAUUGCCAGUCAUUAGUCUAAACUAUUGCCGUUAGUUUCUUUAAACAAUAAAUAACAUUUAUCUAAUGUAAUCUUCAUUGAAGAUAAAAGAUAAUUAUACAUACAAAUUCAGUUCGGAUGCCGCAUAAUAAAUUUUUUUCACUGUAUACAACUACGAAUAUGUAUGGUAGAAUAAACAAAUAAUAAAGGCCAUCGGGUGAUUUAUUGUAUAAUUUACCACUGUUCAGGUGCGUAGGAAUUUAACCAUGAGAACGUUAUCCCAAGUGGUUAAAUACUGAGACUCUGAAUGAUGAACCGUGGUAAAUUAGACAAUUAAUCACAAGAAGGCCUUGAUUGAUUUCAUUCUUACAUGCUCAUUGGACGUCAUGCGGCAAUUUUACUUCAUAAAUGACGUCAUAAUGCUCUUACUGGUCCCCAUGAUAACCGUUGUUUAUCGUAGAAUAUACAGAGCUUGAUUUCUUUCAAAUCAAACCGAGCAAUGUUAGAAUUUUAAUAUUACUCUGAAAAUGUAACAAAAAGUAUAUCUUAAUAUACACAAAUAUUUAUAGUUACUGUUAACUAUCAGAUGUUCUUUUUUAUACAUUGCAUAAUUUAAAACACUUUACGUGCUCAUGGAUAUGUGAUGUAACUUUGUUAGAACAAAUGUGACAAUAAAUGCUGUUGGAUUACAAAAAUG